AUGCUCAGAGGAACUAGCAAAUCCUUCAGAAUAUCAAGAUCGGGACUAACCGGGUUGCGUUAUCAAGCGCCAAAGGUGUUUUUAUCUACGUCAAGAAUAGCUGGUGCUACCGAAGGUUCUCUUAAAUCUUUUGUUCCAAAGCCAUCAAAAUCGUUAGGCGAAACUACCAUAGAAAACAAUAUUAAGUCGGAUACUAACAGAUUAUCUAAGACUUUGACUAAGUUUUGGGAAAAGGUUGAUGCUGUUCAUAAUAAAGAUUUGAACCAAUAUGAAGUGCAAUUAGAUGGGAAGACAUUGAAGACUCCAUUAGGCUUUCCAUUAUCAUUACCGGCCGAGAAAAAACAACUUGCCCAUCUUGUUGCACACGAGUGGGCAAAUUUGCCAGAUUUGAAGGUGAAAAUUAAUGCAUUACCUUUGACAUCACUUUCUUCUCGUGCCAUCGACUUGUACAAUGUCCACAAUAACGAGAAUAUUGACGGUGAAAUGAUCUCCAAAGUUGGAAAUGUCGACGACAUCAAAGUUAACUUGUUGAGGUAUCUUGACACUGAUACAUGCUUAAUUUUUACUAUAUUGGAUGAGUAUGAAGGUCAGUUGAGAAGCAAACAAGAUGAGUUAUAUUUCCCAUUAAUCAAGGAGUUUGAAGACUAUUUCACAGCCUAUGCUAAGAGAAAGGGUAAUUUAUUGAAAAACGACAAUGAAAGAGUGACCCUCAACUUUUUAGAUUGUGAGACAGACGGUUUAAGUGGUAACAGGCAAUCAAUUACUACGCAGAAUAUUGUCAUGAGUUGGAUGAACGAUUUAUCAAUGUACGAAUUAGUUGCCUUAGAGAGAGCUAUUUUAACGGCCAAAUCAUUUUUGUGUGGUGCAUCAUUGUUACGUUCGAACUGCUCGAACGAGACUAGAAUGAAAGAAUUGUAUCAGGUAAAUAAAUCUUCUCCAGCUGAUCAUUACCAUAAGACCGUUGAAGAACUUGUCGAAUUAGGUAACUUAGAGAUCAUUUUCCAAACUGAAGAAUGGGGUGAAGUUGAAGAUACGCACGAUGUUGAUAAAGUUGAUUGGCUCAGACACUUAUCGAGUAGUGCUUUAUUAACCUAUUAA